AUGCACCGAAGAGGACUCGAUCUUUUGGCGGAUGCUGCUGACAGGCAGACUACGAUGUUUCUCCAACAGGAGAGUAGGAGAUUGGCUGAUGAACUGCAGCAUAUGCAGACGCAGUUGCAAGCACUGUCAGAUAGUCGGCAGAGAGCAUCGAGGGACUGGAUUUCCUCUCGUUGGGCGUCGACGCCCAUUCCGCCACAGCCAAAUUUCUCCUCCGUUGAAGCCACAUGUAGCAAGGCGAGAUGCACUAUGCCCACUGCAGAGGCUACAGCUCAUGCCGUGGAUAUAAAUACUGGCAUUGAUCCUCCGCAAUGCAGGACGCCUCCUGUUUUGCCUGCUAGGGACCCCAGUCCAACUAAUCAUGAGAAGUCCGCUGACAGUGGCUUUGAUCUUUCGAAGGCAAUAUCGACUCUCGCCGAUGUGUUGGUGCGGCGGGGGGAAGGACUUCCUAAAAAGGAACCGGAAGUUUUCAAAGGCGACAUCUUUUCGUAUCCAUCCUGGAAAAAUUCAUUUAAUGUGUUGGUUGAGGGCAGAUACCCAUCAGCUAUGGACAGAUUGUACUAUCUCGGUCGUUACACUGCAGGAGAUGCAAAGCGUUGCAUUAAAGGCCUGCUUGAUUUGAACACCUGUGAAGCAUAUGCUAAGGCAAAGCAGAUUCUCGAAGAGCGUUUCGGAGAUCGGUUGAAGUUGUCUGAGAACUUUCGUAAUCGCUUAGACAAGUGGCCGUCAGUCAAGCCUGGUGACGGUAAAGGCAUGCAGGAGCUAUCGGAUUUCUUGUGCGAGUGUGAGACGGCUAUGACCAGUUUGUCAAAUCUGAGUAUUUUGAAUGACGCGAUUGAGCAACGCCGUGUGAUAGACAAGUUACCUCGUUUUAUGCAAGAGAGGUGGCUCACAGUUGUGGAUAAAUGGAGAUUUGGAGCGGAUAGUGACGGGUCCGGCCAGGUUGUGAACGACUCAUAUCCACCAUUUUCCAGACUUGUACAGUUUGUAAAGAAACACGCGCGAAUCAUGUCAAAUCCAAUCCUGGAUAGGUCGUCCAGCGCACCUACCAAAUCCGUUGUUAGUGUGAAACCUGCGCAGAGAUCCAGCUUCGCUACCGGAACAGAAACUAUAACUGAAAAGGCCACAGGGCCAACAAAGUGUGUGCUCUGUCCAAAGGACAACACUCAUGCAAUUGACUCAUGUGUGAAAUUCAAGAAUAUGUCUCUUAGUGAUAGAAAGGAAGCCGUAAAGAAGCAUGGGUUGUGCCUGGGGUGCCUUAAAUGGGGUCAUCGGGUUAGGGACUGCAAAAGCAAGCAUAAAUGCAAAACCUGCUCUCGUGCCCACCCCACGCUUCUUCACGACGACUCUUUCAAACCUGUUGAAUCUACUGUGCAUUGUACAGAGUCAAGUGAUGUGGGCUCAGAAUGUCUGCACACUAUGAUUGUGCCAGUGUAUGUGUAUCAUGUAGACGACCCCUCGCGGGAGGUGUUGGUUUACACAUUGUUGGAUGAUCAAUCUGACACUUGUUUCGUAUCUGAGUCAGUGCUGGAGGGCAUUGAUAAGAGAGGUGAUAGCACCUAUCUCAAAAUCAACACAGUGUUGGCAGAAGGUGUUGUGCCAGCUGAGCGGGUGACAGGCCUCAUGGUCCGGGGUUUUGGUGAAUCUGCAAAAAUAAGCCUCCCUGUAGUCUUUUCGCGUAAAGGCAUCGGUGCCUGCCGCUCACAGAUACCGCGUCAAACCAGCGCGAAACAGUGGCGCCACCUCAAAGGGGUGGCACCUAAGAUUAUGCCAUACCGUGAGGAUAUCGAGAUUGGCAUGUUGAUCGGUCAAAAUUGCGCGCGCGCCAUCAGGCCAAGGCAGAUUGUCGCUGGGGGAGAAGAUGAUCCGUAUGGUGUUAAAACGGCGCUAGGUUGGGGCGUGGUUGGCAGGAUGGAUAAAUUAGGGUCAAGGCUUGCUAAUUCACAAGAUCGUUUCGUGUACAGAACUCGUACAAAAGAAAUUAACCCCUCUGAUAUUUUGCAGGUACUCGGCCAAGACUUUGCCGAUACUAAUGAUGUUGAUUCUCAUUCUCUAUCUGUUGAAGACAGGUUGUUCAUUGAAAAGGUUUCCAGUGGCAUCAAACUCCGUGAUGAUGGACACUUUGAAAUUCCCCUCCCGUUUCGUGAGGAUCAGGUGAGACUUCCCAACAACCGAGUGAUGGCUAUGAAGCGUACGCAGAGUCUCAAGGCGAGGAUUAGAAAGGAUGCUAAGUAUGGUGAAGAAUAUGUGAAAUUCAUGAGUAAGCUCAUAGAUGCCGGCCAGGCUGAGAGAGUGCCAGAAAACGAAUUAGAUCUGGACAAUGGUUCUGUAUGGUACAUUCCCCAUCACAUGGUCUCACAUCCUCACAAGGAGGGUAAGUAUAGGGUCGUGUUUGAUUGCGCCGCGUCCUAUCAAGGAGAGGCAUUAAAUGGCCAUUUGCUCCGGGGACCGGAUUUAAUAAACAAUCUUGUCGGUGUCCUGGCCCGCUUCAGGAAGGAAGAAGUGGCAUUCACGUGUGAUGUCCAGGGUAUGUUUCUACAGGUGGUCGUGCCCCCCCGCCACAGAAAUUAUUUGCGAUUUCUGUGGUGGGAGGACGGCGAUGUCAGCAAGGAGCCAGUUGAUUACAGGUGUACUGUGCAUCUAUUUGGCGCGACCUCGUCUGCAAAUUGCGCAAACUAUGCCCUAAAGGCAACAGCUGAGAGAUUCAAGGACGACUACGAGCCCCAGGUGGCGACUUUCUUUAACAGGAAUUUCUAUGUAGAUGAUGGGGCCACCUCCGUUUUGACAACAAGUCAGGCUAUUAGCCUAGCUUUGGGCUCUGUGAGUAUGGCUGGGAAGGGAGGGUUCACCCUUCACAAGAUACUUUGCAACAAUAAAGAGGUGUUGAAACAUAUUCCCAAUCAAUACUUGUCAGAGAACCUCCAAUGUCUUGAGCUUGGUAAUACUCAACUACCUGUUGAAAAGACUCUAGGAGUUGUGUGGUGUGUUGAAUCUGACAUGCUACGAUUUAGGGUGGAGAUCAAAGACAAGCCAUUGACCAGACGUGGCUUGUUAUCCACCGUCAGUUCCAUCUAUGAUCCCCUUGGUCUAAUAUCGCCUUUCAUACUUACAGGAAAACGAAUUCUGAAGGAGUUGUGUUUGAGUGGUUCUUCCUGGGACGACCCUCUUCCUGACAAUGUAAGGAACGAGUGGGAAAGAUGGAAGAACGAGCUGCUAGAAUUGCCCAAGGUUUCCAUUCCUAGGUGUUAUCGGGCUGGCACGCUUGAAGGGCCGGUGACUAAUGUCGAGCUACAUCAUUUCAGUGAUGCUUGCUUCUCUGGGUCAUGGAUUGUGCUCCAUGUAUGA